UCUCCAGAAAACAAAUAUUGGUAGCUGUACGGUUACUAAAGUGAACAGAUAUAGAGCUCGAAAAGGUGUUUUAUUUUGUACAGCGAAUUGGAAAUUCCCUUCACUUGCAAAAUGAAGUUUGUCAGGUUUCUUAUGAAGAACGCUGCUUUGGCCAAUGUGCCAAAGCACAUUGACCAUUUCUCCAAAUUCUCCCCAUCGCCUUUGUCAAUGAAGCAGUUUUUGGAUUUCGGUUCCACUAACGCCUGUGAGAAGACCUCGUUUGCCUUCCUUCGGCAAGAGCUCCCUGUCCGGUUGUCAAACAUCAUGAAGGAGAUUAACCUUCUACCUGAUCGCUUGCUAACCACACCGUCUGUACAGCUGGUCCAAAGCUGGUACAUCCAGAGUCUCAUGGAGAUCCUGGACUUCCUGGACAAGAGCCCCGACGACCACCGCGCCUUAGAAACAUUUGUGGAGACCCUGGAGACCAUCCGGAACAGACACAAUGACGUGGUGCCCACCAUGGCCCAGGGCAUCAUCGAGUACAAAGACGCCUUCGGACAGGACCCGGUCACCAGCCAGAACAUCCAGUACUUUCUGGACCGCUUCUACAUGAGCCGCAUCUCCAUACGCAUGCUCAUCAACCAGCACUCUCUUAUUUUCGACGGGAACACCAACCCAGCCCACCCCAACACCAUAGGCUGCAUCGACUCCCAGUGUGAUGUCACAGAGGUUGUCCGAGACGCCUAUGAGAGUGCUAAGAUGCUAUGUGAGCAGUACUACCUAGGCGCACCUGAGCUGGAUUUGACGGAGGUCAACGCCAACUGCCUCAGAGAACCCAUCCAAAUCUCCUACAUCCCCUCCCAUCUCUACCACAUGCUGUUUGAACUCUUCAAGAAUGCCAUGAGAGCCACCGUCGAGAACCACGAAGCCCACGGCUCUCUCCCCGCCAUCAGAGUCAUGGUCACCCUCGGCGGAGAGGACCUGUCAAUCAAGAUGAGUGACAGAGGUGGUGGAGUUCCCUUCCGGAAGAUCGAUAGGCUCUUCAGCUACAUGUACUCCACUGCUCCCAGGCCCAACUUCGGGGACCACCAGAGAGCCCCACUGGCUGGUUUCGGCUACGGUCUCCCCAUCUCGCGCCUGUACGCUCGCUACUUCCAGGGCGACCUCCAGCUCUUCUCCAUGGAGGGCCACGGCACAGACGCAGUCGUCCACAUGAAGGCCCUGUCGACAGACUCAGUGGAGAGGCUUCCGGUGUUCAACAAAACGGCGCUGCGCCACUACAAGGUGAACCUGGAGGCCGACGACUGGUGCGUCCCCAGCAGGGAGCCUCUAAACCUCGCCGUCUACCGGGCCUCCAAGUGAGGCUGCGACCUCACGCAACCCCCCCCCCCCUGACCAAGAGGCCCGGCUCCCGCUGGGCACGAUGGGACCAUUAUGCCGAAGGGCGCCGGCGCCCCCCCCCCCCCUCCUUGAUUGGACAGCUUUAGCCCCCCGUGAACAGUCAUGGUUUCCUGUUUCGGGGGAACCUCGCUUUCUUGUCGUUGAGUUGUGUGCCUGUGAUGCGAGGUUGAAAGAUAGAGCCAGUACCUUAGAAGGCCAUUGUCCAAAGUGACACUAGAGUCAACAGCAACCCUAGCAAGUUCAAAUGUGAGGCAUAUUGUGGGCAGUAGGAUGAGGGUAGUCCAACCAGGCCAAGGCCCCCAGAGCAGGAACUUCAUAUCCCAGAUAGAGAGGCUGGAGGUGGGCAUGGUAGACCCAGGAAACAGUCCUGAUCCUGGGGAGAUGGAUGGUCAGAGACAUGGGAAGGUAAGAAGUGCUUUCGUUUCGGAUGG